CUAUUGUUCACUUUUUCUUUCGUUCUCUGUUUUAAACUCGCUACGCAUUAAACCGCGCCGUGGCAUUUUCCUUCAUUAUCACGACGACGAUGAUGAUGAUGAUGAUGAAGAUGAUGAUGAAGAUGAAGAGAUGCGAGAGCACCGUCGUCUUGUUCUCCGGGCCAUGUGUGUUUCUCAUUGGUUAGUGUGAUUGAAGGUGGGGUUUGAAGAUCGCAAUCCCAAAUCAAAACCAUCUGAGUUUGGGAAAGAGGGACGCGAUUAUAGGAAAUGGACAAGGCGGCGAUCGAAACUCCCCAGAAAGCGUAGAGAGCGCCCCCCUUCCCUUCCAGUGAGCUCAGGAGGCUCUCUCGCUGCACGGACAGCAACAUGUGGACGAGACGCGCUCAAGUUUCCUGAUCGCGCCCGACUGUCGGAACAAAAGCGGCGCGCGAACGCGACGCGCUCCGGCGUUUGAGCGAUGCGUGGAUUAUCGCCGCGGCUCCCGUUAUAAUGAGCGGCCAUGGCGUGGUGUGACCGUGGGGUUCAGAUGCUGCUGGCCACCGUCGGGGCUUUCGUGGCGUUCAGUUUGAUGAGCAUCGCCAUCGGGACCGACUACUGGCUUUAUUCUCGGGCGUACAUCUGUAACGCCACCAACAUCAGCGCGGACGAGACGCAGACGCAGCCCAAGAAGGUCCGCGGAGAUCUCACGCACUCGGGGCUCUGGAGGAUCUGCUGCAUAGAGGGUCUCAACAAAGGAAGUUGUUACCGAAUCAAUCAUUUCCCAGAUGACAAUGAUUAUGACACAGACAGCUCUGAAUAUCUCUUACGUAUUGUGCGCGCCUCCAGCGUGUUCCCCAUCCUCAGUACCAUUCUGCUGUUGCUGGGGGGGCUAUGUGUCGGGAUAGGACGCAUCUACAGCAAGAGGAACAACAUAUUACUCAGUGCAGGGAUACUAUUUGUUGCAGCAGGUUUGAGCAACAUUAUUGGUAUAAUCGUCUACAUCUCCAGCAAUGCCGGUGACCCCAGUGACAAACGAGACGAAGACAAGAAGAACCAGUAUAACUACGGUUGGUCGUUCUACUUUGGAGCGCUCUCUUUCAUUGUGGCCGAGGCGGUGGCCGUUCUGGCUGUCAAUAUCUACAUUGAGAAGAACAAAGAAGUACGGUUCAAAGCGCGUCGUGAGUUCAUUAAGUCUACCUCGUCCUCUUCACCGUAUUCUCGCAUACCCAGCUUUCGUUAUCGUCGACGGCACUCACGCUCCAGCUCUCGUUCAACGGAAGCUUCUCGCGAAGCGUCACCCGUGGGCAUGAAGAUGAUGAGCUCGGUACCUGUCGGAGAGAUCAACAUGUACACAUUGACAAGAGACCCCCUCAAGUCAGGGACGGACAGCUCCUACAGCCCAGACCACGAUUCGGGAUUCCUCCAAGUGCACAACUGCUUUCCCAAAGACCUUAAUGAUGGUAUCAACAGGAGGACAACACCUGUAUGAGGGUACACACUGGAACGGAAGAGAUAAUGUUAAGGCCAUACUGAAUGGAUAGCCAUCAGGGCUCAGUGGCCUGUGGCAGAUGCCAGUGGAAGGGAUACUCAUUGGUGAAGCCAGUCAACCAGUGACAUCUCUCAUCGGUGAAGGAGAAGCACUUUGUGAAGAAGGAAAGAAUUCAUCUCUACAUAUACCAACAACCAUUGUGAUUGCUAAUUUGUUUUUCUCCUUGCUUGAUCCUCACAUAUAAACAAGAACUCUCAGAGAGACUCAUCUCUCAUCAAAGGGCAAGACAUGCAAAUGUAAAAUGAAUGGUCUGUGGCAGAUAUUAAGAACUUUGAGUAAGCCAGUACAUUUUCUUGGUUGAUAAAUAUCUUUUUGUUUGUCAGUACAGUGCCAUUCUCUCAAUGUAUACCAAUGUGAUAAUGACUCUCACAGUAUGAGAUGGUGCUAACAUAGGCUCACAGCUGAAGCCUUCCCAUUAUCAUGUGUUUAGUACAGACUCGAACUGAAUACUGAACGCCCUUGUUCGUGUCAUAUGUUUGUAGCCACAGUUGUCUAUUCAGUGUGCCUAUCAUCUUUGGCAGUAUCAACUGCUCAGACUUACUCUGGAGCCACUUUGCAACAGUGCAAAACUGUAUUCCUCUCUUUUUGUUGUUGUUGUUAACUAGAGAUAUCAGCUGUAAUACUACAUAAUCAAAUAAUCACUGGGAAAAUUUAGUUUAGGAGAUUUAUGACUACUAAUUGUGUAUAAACACCCUGCUGAAAAGACCAGCUUGGAUUUUCGUGAUGCUCUGACUGGUUUGUUCUGGUCUGGUGCUUAUGUCGCCAAGUAAAAGUCUUUAUGGUUGCAACGUAUUUCAUUUUUAUCAUAAGAUGUAUAUCUGAGGCUGGAUUUGACUUUGUCCAUUGGAAACAGAUUGGAUUCUGAAAAGUUUAACCAAAUCAGUUCUUCCCCUGAAUCAUGUCCAGACAGCAAUUUUCCAUAAAAAUAAUGUGAAUGACAACUGGGGCUGUGGUUAACCAAAAUUAUGUCUUUAAUCAUCUCCAUGAUACCAGUCGCAAUCACCACACUGGAAAGGAAGAUUAUUAGGGAAUAAUAAUUUCGAUUACUAAUGGACUACUAUGAUGAUGCUUUAUGUCAAGUGUACCUUAUGACUCAUACACAAUAUUCUAACUGACUGAACCAUUGAGUCACCUUAGAAGGAAAUUGGUUUAAUAAAUGAAUUAUUCCAAUAGUUUGCGUGAACUUGAUUGUACAAAAUACACAGAAAUUAUCCAACACAAAAGAACGAUUUCUUCACAAAUUAGGUUUUAAAGCUUUACAGCCCCCGUUGUCAUUGACUUUGAUUAUAUGGAAAAGGAUGGCCAGAAUAUUUCUUUAAACAAAUAAGUGUCCAUUUCAAGCAUGAACAGAGCCAAACCAGUGGGUGAAACUUACAUUGCUUUGGUGACAUCAACCAAAAAGGAAAACGAUUUUAGCUGCAGUUUGUUCGAAAGGUUACAAAGACAGAGAAAGAUUAUAGAGACAUUUUUUCUACUGAUGAGUCAUGCCAGAGUGAUUAUUAAGCAAGUAAAUUGAGGCCGUGUAGAUUUUACAUUGUGCUCACGCUAGUUCAGAAGUCUGGUUUAGACUCCAGGUUUCAGGCCCAGCACCAGCAUCCAAAACACGUGAUACGAUGGCGACCAGCUCUAAUGGUCUUUUCAGCAGGGAAAUAUAGCAGUAUUCAACAAGCCUCAAGUUUUAUACUAUCACUUCGUAUUCUGACUGCCAUCGAUAGCAGAUCAACAAGUGUCAGUAGUUAACCAGCCAGUGUCGUCGCUUUCCAUUGUGAAUCAGUCAAAGAGUGAUGGUAAUUCCUCAGCCUUCAUCUCCACCGAGGGGUUUCACCUCGGUCUCUGCCUGAAUGUGGGUUAAAUAUAGCUACUCCUUCUCGUGAAUUUGAGUGAUGGCUGCGCAACGUCUGAAUGGGGCACCUUUGGGGAUCUGACAUUGUUCGAGCCCGCUGAUAAAAGCAGUGCUGAGAAAUGUCAGACAUCCGGAAAUGAAAGACAAGUUUUGAGGCGGUCAGCUCUGAGAAACAUUUCAGCGACCGCUGAUAAGUAUCUAGGGCAGAGCAGUAUGAAAGACAUCAGUGUGGCCGAUCCAGCCCUUUAGAAGACCAUUCAAAGUGUCUUAGCCUCACCAGAGCCUUAUGCCUGGAUUUCUUUUUGAGUCGACAAUAUAACCUCAUCUCUUCUUUGUUACCGCUGGUUUUCCUCAUCCAUCUCGCGUCCCCUCGACCCAUCCUCAGUGAAGAAUCUGUCGCUUUUAACCCUCUGCAUUAUCCAUGUGAGCAGUGUUUCCUCACAAAAGAAGAGGUUGCAGGUACAGAUGUAAAUACCUGGUAGGUGUUUCGCUAAAUUGAAGCAUCUGCAGCUACCUUUUCUUAGUAAAGCCAUUUUGACACAAGCUUUUGAGCCGUGGCUCUUUGUAGAACGGUGUGUGGUGGGUAGAUGUAAAUGUUUGCAUGUUUUUCUCUAACCCAUUGACUUUGUGUGCUUUUAACAGUAUUAUUAACAGGAUGACUCCAGGAUGCCUCACUGCCAAGCAUCGCUCUCUAUAAAUACCUGUAAUGUUCUCUCCGUUCAUCACGGAAGGCAUUUUGUCCUUCUGGUUUUCUUGAUUUGCUAAUGUUGUUCUCAGUAUUUCUCUGUAUCAAGGACAAGUCAACAUAUCGUUGCUAUAAAUACAUUUAAAAUAAAUUUAAUAAAUUUAAUCAAGCAA